AGCGCGCGUGCGUACUAGGAAGCCGGGCUCCGGGCUGGAGGCGGCGCGGCAGAGGCGCAUGCGCGCAACAGGCGAAACGAGCUGCAGCAGGAACUUCGGUUUAAACGUGGGGGGACCGGCGGAGGAAGCGGGGCGCCGCGCGGUGCAUCAUGGCUGUGGGCACGGGAACCUCCCUGGUUCUUUCCUCGCUGCUCUCUCUCCUCCUUUUUACCGGAAUGCAGAUGUACAGCCGUCAGCUUGCCUCCAGCGAGUGGCUGACCAUCCAAGGAGGGCUCCUGGGCUCUGCCCUCUUCAUCUUCUCCCUUACAGCCUUCAACAACCUGGAAAACCUGAUUUUCGGCAAAGGAUUCCAGGCGAAGAUCUUCCCUGAAAUUCUCGUUUGCCUCUUGCUGGCCCUGUUUGCCUCGGGACUGAUCCAUCGCGUCUGCGUCACCACCUGCUUCAUCUUCUCCAUGAUCGGCCUCUACUACAUCAACAAGAUCUCCUCCAUGCUGUACCAGUCCGCCAGCUUGGCCCCAGCUCCCGCCAAGACCGUCAGCAAAAGCAGGAAGAGGAACUGAUGUCCACGGAUCCCUUUCCUCUCAGAUGGGAGGAGAGGUGGGGGGGAAGUGCUCGUUCCCUGCUCGGCACGAUCCAGACAUUGAAUAAAACUUUUUUUUUU